GGGGGGGCAGGUCCUCCAGAGCCAAGGCCCCUCCCUCCCCAGUCCUUUCCUGCUUGGGUGUCUCUCCUGGGAUCUGGUGAGUCUCCGCGCUCUCUGGGGUCUGGGGAGUCUCCCUCUCUCUGGGAUCUGGUGAGUCUCCUCUCUCUCUGGGAUCUGGUGAGUCUCCUCUUUCUCUGGGAUCUGGUGGGUCCCAGGGCUGCAGCAGGGGAGGGGGCUGGGGGGACCCCAAGUCAGGGAGGAGAGGGUCCUGCCAGGGAGGGGCCAGGUCUGCCACGCUCUCCUUCCUGCAGAGCAGAGGAUCCCAAACUCAUUUGGCCUUCCGCCCCCCCCUUCAGAAAAGUUCUCCCGUCUGUCAACAAAGGAGUCCCUAGGUUUAACUCUGUGAUGUCGCUCAGCGUCAUUGCACAACAGAGGAAACAUCUGCAAAUGGUUUUCGAAAGCUGGACGAGGAGGUGGACUAACCCCCCCAAAAAAACCACGGGAGGAGGAAGGAAGGUGGGAGAGGAAGGGCAGGAGUAAGAGAGGGAUCCCAGCCCAGAGUCCGGCUGCUGCAUUGGGGACCAGUUUCCCAGUGUCUCCCAGGGCAGCUCCCCACGGAGGCCACGGCAGCAAUCCCCUCGCACCCAGAGCAGGGCAUCCCAGGACCACAUCCUCUCUCUCCCAAAGGGAUUGUUGCUGGCAAAGCAGCCGGAAAUGGGCGCUGCUACUCACUGAGCCUCCAGGGACCUGGGCAUCAAUGGCUGUGCGUGUGUUCAGCCAUCUAAGAGAAUAAUCAUAAUAAAUUAGCUGCCUAAAUUUCAAAGGAGAUGUAUUUGGCCCCAUCCACUUGGCCCUCAGGGGUUGGCCAGAUACAUUCCUGGCCCUCAGAGCAAAGAAAAGGGACCCCACCCCAGGAGUCUGUCUGGAGACCGGCAGAGAGCCCGAGUGCAAGACACUGAGACAAAAGCAGGGGGAAAAUGUGCCCUGAAGUGGGGGUGGGGGGGAACAACUCCUGAGGACCCCCGUAAUAGUAGUAGUAAUAAUAAUAAUAAUUUAUUAUUUAUACCCCACCCAUCUGGCUGGAUUUCCCCAGCUACUCUGGGCGGCUCCCAAACAGAACACUAAGAACAGAAUAAAACAUUAAAAGUUUCCCUGAACAGGGCUGCCUUCAGAUGUCUUCUAAAAGUCUGGUAGUUGUUCUCUUUGACAUCGAAUGGGAGGGCAUUCCACAGGGAGGGCGCCACUACCGAGAAGGCCCUCUGCCUGGUUACCUGUAUCUUGGCUUCUCACAGGGAGGGAACCACCAGAAGGCCCUCGGUGCUGGACCUCAGUGUACAGGCAGAACGAUGGAGGUGGAGAUGCUCCUUCAGGUCUACUGGGCCGAGGCCGUUUAGGGCUUGAAAGGUCAGCUCCAACACUUUGAAUUGUGCUCGGAAACGUACUGGGAGCCAAUGGAGGUCUUUCAAGACCGGUGUUAGGUCUUGAAAGACCAGGGAGUCCUCCACACCCGCCCGCCUCCUGUCCCCCAAAAACAGUACUUCUCUCUUGUCAGGAUUCAACCGCACUUAGAGCACAUUGCAUCCACAUAGAACCAAGCAUCCAUUUUUCACAAAAUACAAAUGAUUCCCUGGUCAGUCAGUUCUGACUUCACGCAUUUACUGGAAGACAGGAGAAAACUGGCUGAUUCACAUUUUGCAAUGCUAUCUUCCUUCUAGGAGGGCUAGAGGCUGCUUCCUCCUCCUCCUCUCCUUCUUCUUCCUCUUCUCUCCACCUCCUUCUCCUCCGUCUUCUUUUUCAGAAGAUAUCUCAUGGUGGUUUCUCCAUUUAGAUCCCUUCCAAUCGGGAUUCAGGCCUCAUCAUGGGACUGAAACUGCCUUGGUCGCACUGGUUGAUGAUCUCCGGCGAGCUAGGGACAAAGGUGAGAGUUGUUUCCUGGUUCUGCUGGAUCUCUCAGCGGCCUUUGAUACAAUCGACCAUAACAUCCUUCUGGACCGUCUAGAGGGGCUGGGAGCUGGGGGCACUGCUAUACAGUGGUUCUGUUCUUUCCUCCUCGGCCGUGUUCAGACAGUGGUGUUGGGGUGAUUAGUGUUCAGACCCCUGGGCUCUCACUUGUGGGGUGCCUCAGGGUUCCGUCCUCUCCCCAUGCUUUUAACAUCUAUAUGAAGCUGCUGGGAGAGAUCAUCAGGGGGUUUGGACUGGGUGUCCAUCAAUAUGCAGAUGAUACCCAGCUCUACCUCCCUUUCAAAUCAGAACCAGUGAAGGCGGUGAAGGUCCUGUGUGAGUGCCUGGAGACGGUUGGAGGAUGGAUGGCGGCUAAUGGAUUGAAGUUGAAUCCUGACAAGACAGAAGUACUGGUUUUGGGGGACAGGGGGCGGGCAGGUGUGGAGGACUCCCUGGUCCUGAAUGGGGUAACUGUGCCCCUGAAGGACCAGGUGCGCAGCCUGGGAGUCAUUUUGGACUCACAGCUGUCCAUGGAGGCGCAGGUCAAUUCUGUAUCCAGGGCAGCUGUCUACCAACUCCAUCUGGUACGCAGGCUGAGACCCUACCUGCCCGCGGACUGUCUCGCCAGAGUGGUACAUGCUCUGGCUAUCUCCCGCUUGGACUACUGCAAUGCGCUCUACAUGGGGCUACCUUUGAAGGUGACUCGGAAACUACAACUAAUCCAGAAUGCGGCAGCUAGACUGGUGACUGGGAGCGGCCGCCAAGACCAUAUAAUGCCGGUCUUGAAAGACCUACAUUGGCUCCCACUACGUUUCCGAGCACAAUUCAAAGUGCUGGUGUUGACCUUUAAAGCCCUAAACGGCCUCGGUCCAGUAUACCUGAAGGAGCGUCUCCACCCCCAUCAUUCUGCCCAGACGCUGAGGUCCAGCGCCGAGGGCCUUCUGGCAGUUCCCUCAUUGCGAGAAGCAAAGCUACAGGGAACCAGGCAGAGGGCCUUCUCGGUAGUGGCGCCCGCCCUGUGGAACACCCUCCCAUCAGAUGUCAAAGCGAUAAACAACUACCUGACAUUCAGAAGACAUCUUAAGGCAGCCCUGAUCAGGGAAGUUUUUAUUGUGUGAUAUUUUAGUGUGUUUUUUUUGGUUUCUAUGGAAGCCGCCCAGAGUGGCUGGGGAAACCCAGCCAGAUGGGCGUUGUACAAAUAAAUUAUUAUUAUUUUUAUUAUUAUUAUUAUUAUUCCAAUCUCUUAGAGACUUCCUGAGAGCACAGAUGGAUGAGCAAGACUCAGCUGGCCCUGGAGCAGGAAGAGGCCAUGCCAUCCAAACUGGGGGCAGUGGGGGAUUCUGGGAAAACUCUGGGCAGAAGAUCCUGGGUGAGGAGGACACCCUCCACUCAGAGGUGCAGAUCCAGCAGUUUGGAAGGUUCUGCUGCCAGGAGGCCAAAGGACCCCGAGAGGUUUGCAGCCAACUCCACCACUUUUGCCACCAGUGGCUGAAGCCAGAAAGGCACACGAAAGCUGAGAUGCUGGACCUGGUGAUCUUGGAGCAGUUCCUGGCUGUCCUUCCUCCAGAGAUGGAGAGCUGGGUGAGGGACUGUGGAGCAGAGACCAGUUCGCAGGCGGUGGCCCUGGCCGAAGGUUUCCUCCUGAGUCAGGCAGAGGAGAGAAAGCAGGUGAGAGAGACUUUCCUCUGGAUACUCCCAAGGGGCUCCAAAUAGGAUGGAGAACAUCCCAUAAUGCUCUCCUGAUGGCCCUUCCUUUUCCUGGGAAGGCAUCCAUGGAAUAAGGUUUCACACCCUUACAGUUUUUGACUUUGUAAUUCCCAUUCUAGUAUUUCUCCCCAUUCUCUGUUUUGAAUCCUUGUUUCUUUUUCAGGGAAAUGAUCAUUUUGUAGAAAUGGACUUGGAUUCCUGUGAGGCAGAGAGGCCUUGGUUGGACACCAGAGAGAGGCCACUGGGUAAGGAGGAAGGUGGCUUUUCUCCGUCUCAUUCUGUUUUCCGUAUAAUCUCUGGGUCCUUUUCAUCAGGUUUUUUUUUUUUGGGGGGGGGAGUUGGGAACAAGGGUCCAGAGGAGGAGAGAUGUAUUUCUGCACGGCUAACAUAUGAAAUGGGCACAAAUGUCCACCUGCACUUUUCUCUCUUGCAGAUGGCAGAAGGAUGCCGGCAGGACCUCCCUACCCACCUUUUCAUGGCAGAAGGGAAGCAGUGGCUGUGGAACCAGAUCAGGUCAGGGGAAGCUGCCUUGUGGGGACAGAGGCCGAGGGAUGGAGCAAUGUCAUGGACUCCUUGGGAACAGAGGACUGGUGGGAGGAAGAAGCCGGGGAACCAGGAAGGGAAGACGUCUUAGAGCCCAAGGAGUGGAGGUGGAGGAAGGAUGAGAGGUCAGAGGGGCAAGAGGGAGACGCCUGGGAAGAGGAGGUGUCAGAAGCUGAAGGGAUAACAGGGCUUAGUGAGCUGGGAGACUCUGUGUCAGAAUGCAGUGCAGAAUCGGAGGCAGAAGCGGAAGGAGGCGAGUGGGAGGAGGGAGGUCGAGAGGCAGAGGUGAGUCAGGAGAAGGAGGAGCCACCGGGGGUCAGCAUGACCUUGACAGAAGAGUUGACAGAACCUCUUUAAACCAGCUGUACUCUGAAGGAAUGACCCAAACCUUACGAACAUUCUGACUGUUUCUUUUUUGCAGAGAAGCUUCUGGAACCCUCUUGAAUUACCUUAUUUUUCGCUCUAUACGACACACUUUUUCCCCUCCAAAAAUGAAGGGGGAAAGUGUGUGCGUCCUAUGGAGCGAAUGCAGGCUUUUGCUGAAGCCUGGAGCGCGAGAGAGCUCCCGGCGGACAGCUGCCUGCAGCCCGAAGCCCGGGGAGUGCGGCGCUGUGCACCCCGGGCUUCGGGCAGCUCUCCACAAGUCUUCAGAGCCCGGUGGGAGUUCCCGCCAGGCUCCCAAGGCUUGCGGAUAGCAGCCUGCUGUCCCCGAAGCCAAAACAGUGAGACGGGGCGCUGUGCUGCCCUUCGUCUAACUGUUCCAGCUUCGGGAUGGCUGCGCAAAGCCUCUGCAGGGCGGCGGGGUGAAGGCACCCCACCGCCCUGCGGAGGCUACAAAGGAUGUCCCCGAAGCCUCAAGCCUUUGGAGUGCAGCUGCGCUCCAAAUGCUUCAGGGAUCUUUGAGGCUGGCAGUGGGGAAAGCAGCACUUCCCCCCAGCGCCAGCCCCACAAGCUCAGGGGGCAGCGGCAAGGUUCCCCAACCUGCUCUUGAACGCACCAUGAACGCACAUUGUUUUUGAGGGGGAGAACAAGAAGAAUUUUUUUCCCCCUAUUCUCCCCCUUCUAUGGUCCGGUGCGUCCAAAAGAGCGAAAAAUACGGUAACUAGACUAGGAAAGAGCUCUACAUAUCAGAUCAAUGCUUUCUCCACUAAGAAAUGCAGACUGACAAUCCCCCCAUUUAUUAAGUGCAGGAAGUAUUGAUAUGCAAAACACCUCUGGAAAAACAUUGCAUGUACACUUUCCUUCGACAAGAAUAAAUCCUAGCCUUUGGUUGGUAGACCUGCAGUUCACCAGCAGACGACACAGUCUGACCAGAAGCUUCUGUGAGCAGCAGAACAACAUCCUGACUCCAAAAACUAAAUGUUGUCCUUCACAUUAGAAAACAAAAGGCUACCUAUGAAACCUGACACAGUUAAGGAAAAAACACAACUCACUCAUCAAAACAGCUAUCUUAUAAACCUUAUCUUAUCUUACUAACAGUAUAUAAGCUCCACUCAAACAUAUAAACCAAGACCUGAAAACCUCGCUUUAUAGCAAAUCUCUCCAACAGAAUAUUCAACAGAGCACUUCUUUACCAGACCACAUCAACAAACUUUGCCCUGUAUCAUCUCGCUUUCCAAAUCUCUCCACACUAAAGAAACUUCCACUUAGACAACUAGUCCAUUAAUUGAUUGACAGUGCAAACUGACAGACCCUCAGGGAAUGAGCUGCUGUUCUCAUUCGGCCUGAAACUCAGACAAGAUUGUGAAUAUUGUGUUCUCGCUGAUAAAGAGUUAACUCCAGCUGUGAAGUGUGGGAUUUCCUGCCCAGAUAACUCUGUGACACCAGCCUUCUGAAUGUCGCCUGUAGGAUUCAUCUGUAGUUGAUGUUUGCAUGGAAUUCUAGAGUUGAAAGGGACCCCAAGGGUCAUCAAGUCCCACCCCCUGCACUGCAGGAGUCUCAGCUAGAUCCUCCAAGACAGAUGGCCAUCCAAACUAGGCUUCUUGUAUUUCUAUAUUCAUCACUGAGUGCUAAAAUAGGCUUCUUUGCAGUGGACAGACAAGAACAAAUAGUGUCCAGGAUUCACCUAGCCAGCCCCAUCUGCUGCGAAAUAUAGCCUGCCCCCCAUUCCUCCCCCUCUCCAUGCCCCCUUGAACCCCUGGAAUCUGGCUGUGGGGCACUGGGAAGGAUCCUCUUCAGAAUAGGACAUGAGGAGGAGAAAGGGGAUCCUUCCAUCUGGGAAACUGGAAUCCCUGCGUAGGCAGGAUGACUUGAAAACCACAAGGAAGAGAACCACCUAUUUGCACAAAGAUGAAUACCCAUAAUUAAAAGCUGAAUAAAAUAAUUCAAUUAAAAUGUCAAAAUAGGCAUCCAUAAUAGAAAUGUGCAGCAAAGCAAUCCUAUUGAAACAACGCAGCAAUUAAGAGGAAGGAAACAACAGAGCAUUGUGUAGCAGAUCAUAUUUCUGCUGUCUCAGAGGAGGACAUUUCCCUUUUUCUUUUAGGGUUCAGUGUGCUUUGAAGAUGUUGCUGUUCGUUUCACGGAUGAGGAGUGGACGUUGCUGGAUCCUGACCAGAGAGCUCUGCAUAAGGACGUCAUGGAGGAGAAUCGUGGGAUCGUGGCCUCUCUUGGUAAGGCUCCCUGUGGGAUCGUCCUAUCUGCCUGGAAAUUCAAAAAAUACCUCUAUGUGAUUUCCACAGAGCUCAGCAGCACCCCCCACAACACCUGGGAACCUAACACCCCCACAAUAAACCUUGAACAGCAAAUUCCAGUUUUUUCUGUGAACAAUCUUCCUCCAGUUCUGCCUUUUUAUAUCACGAUUCGGCUGGUCUGAACUGCCCAGGCAUCUUAAAUGUCAGCUUCAGAGUUGUUAGGAAAGAUAAGUUGCUUCUGUCAGGUUUUCUGUUUUUGUUUUCUUGGGUUGACCAAAGAGAAGCCUCACAUUGGAGAUGGAGGGGAUGCCAUGACUGGGCCAAACAAAAUCCAUCCCAGAAGAGCCAAGCUUAUUAAAUCUCAGGUAGUGGUAGCAGUGAUAGUAAUACUAAUAAUUUUUAUUUAUACCCUGCCCAUCUGGCUGGGUUGCCCCAGCCACUCUGGGUGGCUUCCAACACAUAUAUACACAUGAAACAUUAAUAAUAACAAUCUGAUCCCAUAUAAAAAGUACAUUAACUUUAAAAUAAACAACAUAUAGUAGUGGCCAAAAUUGUGGAAAUCUCUUGCAAAAAGUAUAUUUCCGAGGUUUGAUGGCUCAGAACACCAUUUUGUUUGGGAGUAAUACCAUAAAAUUAUAUAUCAAUGGAAAUAUAAUUUAAUGAAGAAUGCAAUGCAAUAACUUUUAUGAAAGUGUAUGUAUUAGAACAGCAGCCAUAAAUACGAAACAUGAAAGACAUAGAAAAAAUGAGAUCUACAGAAAUUCUCACCAUGUCAAUUAAUACUUAGUUUGUUAACCUUUAGCUUUAAUUCUGGCCUUACAACGCCUUCCCAUGGAGUGAACCAAGUUUUUUCAUUCAGCAGCUGUAAUAAUGUGAAACCAAGAUGGAAUUGUUGCCUCUAUUAAUUGGGCUUUAUUGCUGGGUUGCUUCUUACUAACUAAAUAUUUAUAUAAAUAUAUAUAAACACUUCAUUAUGUGAGAAAAGAUCAAAUGUAGAACACUUCAGUUUGGGCUCAAGUAUUUCAUUUAUGCACUUUUGGUCAUUUACAUUCCCAUUAAUGAUGCAAAUUCUGCCCACACCUUUUUCUGUCAUACAACCCCAGAUCAUCACACUAUCUAUGGGAACAACCCUUCAGGCUCUGUCCAGUACGACACUUCGGCUCCCACCCUGGGGUGAGAGCAUGCAUUAGCAGAGUUUAGCGAUAUCCAACUGUGCAGGAUUGUAGCAUCGAGAAUUUUAUUUACAGCAGAGAAAACAUAGAAACAGGGCCAUCUCCUCUAAGUCAAAAGAGAAGGACAAAGAGAGGAAGUAAAAUCAUCCUAAGUUCCGUUCCCAUACACCCAGCAGCAAGGAAUGUAAAUAUAGGAUCAUAGGACCCUGCAAUGGGAGAAUGAAAAUAAAAAUACUAACACCCAACUGGGUGUUUCACGGUCGAUGUAAUGCAAGUAGGAUGUAAAUCUUCUCCCAUUCUCCUCCUCAUGCAUUUCAUGUCAUCACUACCAAGCAAGGAGAUUUGGGUCUCAUCACUCCAAAUAACACUUUCCCAUUCUUCUGCUGUCCAGUGACCAUGGGUUUUAGCCCAGUUUAAUCUUUCCAACCUUGGCUUGAGAGAUAACAAUGGCUUUUUCCUUAGAAUUCUAGCAUUUAAACCAGUCCUUGUGCUCAACUUCACAUUACAUUGCACCAUGUCAUCUUGAAGACACCCAGAUAGAAUCAUAGAAUCAUAGAGUUGGAAGAGACCACAAGGGCCAUCGAGUCCAACCCCCGGCCAAGCAGGAAACACCAUCAGAGCACUCCUGACAUAUGGUUGUCAAGCCUCUGCUUAAAGAUGAUUUUCUUCUGUCACGUAGGCACAGUCUCUCCAUUCUUCGAUUGUCACUUGCUGUUGUGCACCUUUCCCUGCCUUUACCUGUCUGAUUUUAUAGUGACUGAUGCUCCUUAUACCUCUUCAAAAAUGUAGAAAGGCCAGCUUUGGUUGUUUCCCCCAAUCUUCUAAUUUCUUCAUAACCGUAGUCUUGUUCACUUACUAGUACUAUUUUACAUCGCUAUCUGGGUGACAAGUCAACACUUUGUGCCAUUUCUUUAAUUUUAUUAUGUUUUACACACUCACUAAAUAAAAGAACACACACAAAAAACCAACUAACAUGAUAGCAAUCACAUAACACACUGAAAAAAGUCAACCUAACCAAGUUGUGCUUCCUUUUUCUGCUUAUUUGGCUAUAAUUUUUGAUAGAAUACAGAUAAUUGAACAAACAUUUGUGCUAUAUGUUCAUAACUAGAGGUACCAGAUGUCAAAGAGAUAAAUAAUUACCUGACAUUCAGAAGACAUCUGAAGGCAGCCCUGUUCAGGGAAGUUUUUAAUAUGUAACACUGUACUGUUUUUAACACUGAUUGGGAGCCGCCCAGAGUGGCUGGGGAAACUCAGCCAGAUGGGCGGGGUAUAAAUAAUAAAUUAUUAUUAUUAUUAUUAUUAUUAUUAUACCACUGUAGAUCAAACAAAGCCACAUUUAACAACCCAUGUGAAUCUAAAAAUAAAUAUGUUGGUUACUGACAAACAAAAAAAGGUAUUGAACACACACCCAACCCCCUUCAGUUCUUCUCCAUUUCUUCCUGAGGCUCUAAUCCCUUUUUGUGUCCAUUGCAGAUUGUGAUGAAUUGGAAAUCGAGAACAAGGGUGACCACAACAAAAUCCUCAUAAAGGAGAAGCCACAUCAAAAUUUGGAGUGUGGAGACAGCUGCAGUCAGAGCUCUCAUUCCACUUCCCAACAAAUAAUUCACAGAGAGAAACCCUAUCAGUGUGUGGAAUGUGGAAAGAGCUUCAGGAGGAGCUCCCAUCUCACUUCCCAUCAAAGAAUUCAUACAAGUGAGAAACCCUAUCAGUGUGUGGAAUGUGGAAAAAGCUUCAGUCACAGCGACAUUCUCACUAAGCAUCAGAGAAUUCAUACAGGAGAAAAACCCUAUCAGUGCAUGGAAUGUGGAAAGAACUUCAGGAGGAGCUCCCAUCUCAUUUCCCAUCAAAAAAUUCAUACAGGGGAGAAACCCUAUCAGUGUGUGGAAUGUGGAAAGAGCUUCAGUCAUAGCCACAGUCUCAGUUUUCACCAAAGAAUUCAUACAGGUGAGAAACCCUAUCAGUGUGUGGAAUGUGGAAAGAGCUUCAGGAAGAGCUCCGAUCUCACUUACCAUCAAAGAAUUCAUGCAGGGGAGAAACCCUAUCAGUGCAUGGAAUGUGGAAAGAGCUUCAGUCAGAGCUCCCAUCUCACUGCGCAUCAAAGAAUUCAUACAGGGGAGAAACCACAUCAGUGUGUGGAAUGUGGAAAGAGCUUCAGUCACAGCCACAGUCUCACUUUCCAUCAAAGAAUUCAUACAGGAGAGAAACCCUAUCAGUGUAUGGAAUGUGGAAAGAGCUUCAAUAAGAACUCCAAUCUCACUUCCCAUCAAAUAAUUCAUACAGGGGAGAAACCCUAUCAGUGUGUGGAAUGUGGAAAGAGCUUCAGGAAGAACUUCACUCUUACCUCCCAUCAAAGAAUUCAUACAGGGGAGAAACCCUAUCAAUGUGUGGAAUGUGGAAAGAGCUUCAGUCAGAGUUCCCAUCUCACUAGGCAUCAGAGAAUUCAUACAUAGUUCGGAAAAACCUUUCAGUAUAGCUUUAGACAUCAGGCAAAUAUGCACCUUCUUAACCUUGCCUCUGGCUGAUUGACAUCAUUGUCCUUUUAAAAUGUUGGGAGGGGGGUUACAGAUGUGUAUUUUUUGUUUUUAUAUUGUCUUUUAUGUUGUAACCAACCUUAGACCUGGGGGUGUAGGGAAUAGAAGCCAACUCUUAGAGGCCGAGGGUUCUUUGCCCCCCCAAUAAAAUAUUUGAGGGGGCACCCACCCAGUUGAUAGGCAUUGCCAUGCCAAUGGCACGCAUGCAUCAUGUGAUUGAUUGUGCAAGGCAGGCCUUACCUGAUCCUCCCACCAUUAUUUCAUUUAAGUCGGCACUACUGGGUAGGGUGGUAUACAAAUUAAAUACAUGUAUCGCCUUCCUUUGCACAUGUUCCAGCACAUGUUCCUUAUUUAUUAUCAUUUUUUAAAUUUAUGUGCCCUUCGUCUGAAGUUUCACAAUAUAAACAUACAGGAUGAAAGCAUGGCUUUCUCAAAAACAAGUAAAGCCAGAGAAAUCUCUCCUCCCCUUCUUUUGGAUGGAGUUAAAAUCUUUGUUGAUCAGGGGACAGCUGUGGAAAUAGUGCAUCUUGAUUUCAAUAAGGCUUUUGACAAAGUCCCCUGUGAUAUUUAUGUGAGGAAGCUGGUAAAAUGUCGGCUGAACAAGGUAACUGUUAGGUGGAUUUUGCUGACGUAACCUGAACAGUACUCCUUCAUGGUUCCUCACCUUCCUGGCGAAAAGUGACAAGUGGGGUGCUGCAACACGUACCUGGUGCCGGUGGACUUGACCCAAUCCUGUCAGCAGUUGCUGGUGGAUGAGGCCACCAUUGAGGCACAGACGAUUGUAAAGCACAGGGGCACGUUCCGGGUCAAGCGACAGCAAUUCGGCAUCAACGUGGCACUAGGCAUAUUCCAGAAUCUAAUGGACUCUCUCCUCAAAGGGGUUCCCGGUGUCACUCCCUUCUUCAAUGAUGUGUUGAUUGCUGGGCCCAUGCCGGAGGAGUUCAGGGUCUGCCUCUGCACCGUCCUGCGCUGUUUCCAGACUGCUGGGCUCAAGAUGAAGCGGGAAAAGUGUUGACUAGGAGUGCCCCAGGUGGACUUGGAUUUACGAUGGAUGCAGACGGGGUCCACCCGACCGGGAACAAGGUGCAGGCCAUUUGCGACACCCUGGCACCUAAGGGUAAGGCCGAACUCCAGGCCGCCUUGGGACUAUUGAACUUUUACCACGCCUUCCCUCCUCAUAAGGCGGUGGUAGCGGAACCCCUACACAGGCUCCUAGACGAGCAGCCCUCGUGGGUGUGGGGGCAGCGCCAGGAGGCCAGAUUCCAGGCAGUCAAGGACUUGCUCAUCUUGAACUCGGUCCUGGCGCACUUUGACGAGAGGCUGGUGGUGGUGCUGGCAUGCAACGUCUCACCCUAUGGCAUUGGCGCCAUCCUGGGGCACCAACUUUCAGAUGGGAGAGAAGUGCUGGUGGCGUACUUUUCCCAGAUCCUCACCGCAGCUGAGCAGAACUCGCAAAUUGACAAGGAGGGUCUCGCAAUUGUGAAGGGAGUAAAUUGUUUUCAUGAUUUCUUGCGUGGGCGCCCUUUAUUGUGGUGACUGACCACAAGCCGCUGCUCAGCCUGUUCGUCCCUGAGAAGCAGACCCCCCCCCCCAGUACUGCCCCCCGCAUUGAUUUUCCUUGCCGGCUACCAGUAUGCACUGUUCUACCGGCCCGGGAAGGUGAUGGGCUACGUGGAUGCCCUCAGCCGGCUACCACUACCAUAGACCAGCCCCAACCCAGUGCCCGCGCAAGAGGUCAUGAACCUGAAGCUGCUUCCCAAUUGCCCCAAUCAGGUGCCGGAACUAGCGUGCCACUCCAAGAAAGAUAGGGUCAUCUCCCAGGUCCUGGACUGGGUGUGGCAGGGAUGGCCCAGUAACAGCCGAGGUCCGGAUUUGUGGUCUACACGACCCACAAACACAAACUGUUGGCCCAUAAGGGAUGCCUGUUAUGUGGGAGGAGGGUGGUAGUUCCCCAGCCACUCCGCCAAAGGUUCCUCACAGCCAUACGCGAGAGACACCCAGGGUUAGUGAGAAUGAAGGCCCUUGCCAGGAGUUACGUGUAGUGGCGCGGGCUCAACGGACAGAUAGAGGCCUGGGUUAAAUACUGCCAGACCUGCCAGAGUCCCACCUGGAUCCCCUGAGGGCCCCCAUCCAGUCCUGGGAGUCCACCCAAGAGCCAUGGUCCUGCCUGCACAUGUACUUCGCUGGCCCCUUCCAGGGAAAAACAUCCUUUGUAGUGGUGGACUCCAACACCAAAUGACUGGAGGUAACCCUGGAAUGGUUUCAUCCAGACUUUCACAGUGCAAAAUGCCACCCGCCACGUCUGCCUGCCACCGUUCCACCCAGCCACCAACAGCAAAGCAGAGCGCACAGUGCAGAGCACCAAAGAUACCCAAGACCACCGAGAGCCAGUGUGGUGUAGUGAUUAAGAGCAGUAGACUCGUGAUCUGGGGAACAUGGUUCGUGUCUCCGCUCCUCCACAUGCAGCUGCUGGGUGACCUUGGACUAGUCACACUUCUCUGAAGUCUCGCAGCCCCACUCACCUCACAGAGUGUUUGUUGUGGGGGAGGAAGGGAAAGGAGAACGUUAGCCGCUGGGAGACUCCUUCGGGUAGUGAUAAAGCGGGAUAUCAAAUCCAAACUCCUCUUCAUCUUCUUCUUCUCUGCCGCAUGACGCAAGGGGGCUGGGAGUACCACCUCACCACAUUCCUUCUAGCUCAGGACACUAACCCCAGCACAACAACCGGCCAGAGCGGAACGAUUAAAGGCUGGCGCCUCACAACAAGACUUGACCACCUUCACCCCAACAGAGCUCAGGACGAGGCAGCGGCGAGGGGAAGCAUGGACCCCUGGACCCAGUGUACACCAAGAAUUUCAGGGCAGGCCCGGCAUGGGUAACUGCCACAGUCACCAGGGCGACUUGCCCCAUGUAUUAUGAGGUGCUAACGCGGGGGUGGGCAAUGCUGACACCACCACUGUGGUGAGCUACAGCGACCGUUCCUGGGAGAAAACCGGGAGGAGGGCCGGACAGAAGGGUUCCAAGGGGGCAGCUGGAUGGCGAGGCACGUAGAGCAGGAGGAGUGGGCAGGGGAGGCAGAACCACUAUGCACAGAGAUGACCCCCGAGGCUGAGCAGCCACAGGAACCAGAGUUACGACUGAGUGGGCCGUCUGUGCCAGACCAAAUGGCCCUGAGCAUCCAGCAGCCACGGAACAUGAGCCAGAACCAGAACCCCCAACCGAGAAACACCCCAGGCAUCAACUUAGACGUAGGCAGCCAGCGUACAUGGAGGACAAUGAAUGCAAACCUCCUGUAUGUACUGAGCUGGGAUCCUAGAACAAAAUGCAGGUAGGAUCCAGAAGGCAGCAACCUGAUGGGCCUGUAGGAACAGUCCAUUCAGGCUCUAGGAGGGGACUUGAAUCAGCCAAUUACGUGGGACCUAUUGUAUAAAUAAUGUAUAUAUAGCCAGAGGUUUGGGGGGAAAUUCAUUCACUGUAUACUAGGAGCUGAAAUAAAGAGCAUGAAAUCAAUACUCCGAGUAUAUUUCACCCUUUGGGGUGGAGCUCAAGCAGUGGGGAGAUUGCAAGGCCUGCCGGGGCAGUUGGUUGCUGGGACGGACAGCAUAGCCAGAGGAGAGUCUGGAGUGUAAAAGGUAAAGGGAGCCCUGACUGUAAGGUCCAGUCGUGGACGGCUCUGGGGUUGCGGUGCUCAUCUCGCUCUAUAGGCCAAGGGAGCCGGCGUAC